AUGAAAGCAAUUGUAGUCAAAGACCGAUGGCUAAGAUCCAUCGACGAAAUGGUCGUUGACCCCAACGCUCCUGAGCCAACAUUGGGAAAAGACCAAAUUUUGGUUGAAAUUAAAGCUGCAGCGUUGAAUUUCUUUGACAUUUUACUGGUUCAAGGAAAAUAUCAGGACAAACCGCCUUUUCCUUUUAUUCCGGGUGCAGAGUUCGCCGGCGUAAUAUUAAAAGUCAGCCCUGGUGCCAAGACCACUUUGAAACCAGGAGAUAGAGUAUUCGGUAGUGGCCAGGGUGCAUUUGCCGAGCGCAUUGUAGCACAAAUCUCCAAUGUGAUUGUAAUCCCGGAAGGUAUGAGCUUUGUUGAAGCAGCCGGUCUUUAUAUUACGUAUCCCACAAGCUAUGCCGCUCUCGUGUUAAGGGCUGAUCUGAAGAAAGAUGAAUGGUGUCUUGUUCACGGAGGGGCUGGUGGAGUUGGGAUCGCGGCUGUACAAAUCGCAAAGGCAUUAGGUGCUAAAGUCAUUGCAACUGGUGGCUCAGAUGAGAAACUGGCGAUUGCCGCCAAGUAUGGGGCAGACUAUGUUGUCAAUUAUAAACAAAACGAUUGGGUUAAUAAAAUUAUAAAGAUCACAUCUGGACGCGGCGUUGACGUCGUAUAUGAUCCGAUUGGAAUGGUCCAGGAAUCAAUGAAAUGUAUCGCAUGGUCUGGUCGAUUGCUUGUGAUUGGUUUUGCGGCUGGAACUAUUGAGAAAGUGGCAAUGAACAGAGUGCUUCUGAAAAAUUGUUCCAUCUUAGGGUUAUAUUGGGGGUCGUAUUCUCGCUAUGAGAAGGAAACCAUACCACGGGUAUGGGACGGUCUACUUCAUCUAUUCAGACAAGGAAGAGUAAAGCCAGUUGUAUAUCAUAAAGUGUAUUAUGGGUUAGAUUCGGUCAGAGAUGGUCUCAAAGCUGUAGCUAAUCGAGCGACUUAUGGGAAAGCAAUCGUCGUGCCGAAUAAAGGAGAAAGCAAAAUUUGA